AUGGCGAAGAACAUUCCUCUGAACAGAGCAGGUAAAGUAAGAAAUCAAACGGCAAAGGUGCCUAAAAAAGAGAAAGAGAGGGCAAAGACAGGAAGAGCAAGACGUCGAGAGAUGUACAAUAGGAGAAUGGAGCAGGGAUUGUUCAAGAAUGGUACCAUGAGGUUUAAUCCGCAGUUUUAAUAAAUUUAUUUGGUUUGAGC